CGUGUCGUCGAAAAGUCGUUCCUCCGACUUCACGGUCGCUUCGUUGCCAACGACGGGGAAAGGGCGAAGAAAGCCCCACGGCGGGAUGGACCGAUCCGGCGCUUCGAGUGGUGUUGGUGAACCGAGUGACCGCAGUGCGUCACCGAACGAUGCAACCGGAAGGGGCACCGGAAGCAAUGGAACGGCCACCGCCGUUCCCGCGGACUCCACGCAGAAAACCACCAACUGGGUGAAGUUCGAGGAGGAAGGCAACCCGGACAGCAGCAGAAGCAAGUCACCAUCGCCCUCGCUACCGGCACCUCCGCCGGCCGGUAGGCAAAAUGCGACCACGUCCGCCACCCGCCCAGCAAGCACACCGGAAGUGGCCCCACCGGCCGUCCUGCCCACGGAGACGGUCCACGUGAAUCUCGAAGUUCGCUCACCGAGCACAACACCAAAGCAGCAGCCGCCGCAAACAUCACAGCCCUCGGGCCACGGCAGCGUGGCAUCAUCGCCCGUCUCGAGCGGACUGAACAAAACAUCACAACCGGCCGUUAUCGACAUUCCGAAGCAAUCGGUGAACGUGGUGCAGCCGAUACAGUCCAUGCGCACGAUCGAACUGUCCACGGGGCGGGUUCGGGAAGGGUUCGCGAACGGUGACGUCAUCGUAACGCUACUGCCCACGAACACCCGGUGGCCGUGGAUCACUCCGGCCGUGUUCCGGCCCGAGCUCGUACCGGAGGAAUUGAUGGCUCAGGGGCUCACGCUAACGGUCGAGGAGUAUGUGCACGCAAUGGAAACUCUGGUCAACGACUAUCGCUUCACACUGUAUAACAUCUGCUACAAGCGUGUCCUGAUCGUGUGGAUAGUGUUUGCAUUCGUCGUCCUGAUCGGGCUGCUGUUUUCCGGCAUCUACGGCAUCACGCUGUUCUCGCUCGGUGUCGCGUGGCUGUUCUUGAACGCGGCCGCCAUCUUUCUGUGCAUGUGGGUCAAGCUGAAGCUAGCACGUGGCCUCGAACGGUGUAUGGCCCGCGUCAACAAGCAGCUGAUCCGGCACAAGAUUCUGCUAGCGCUCGACGAUCGUGGCCACAUCUCGUGCCACAAGGUCAACCUCUGCUUUCUGUACUUCGAACCAUCGCAGUGCAUCAGCUACCUGAACGAGUUUAUUGAGCGGAGCGAACAGAACGGAAACACGAUCGAACCGGGCUGGGAAAGCCGGCUCGAUGUGACCACGAACGAUAUCGUGAUCCAGGGUGCCAACACGACGCGGCUCUCGCGGAAACAGGAACGUGGAAUGUUGCUGCUGCUGCGCUACGCAUCCCGCUGGGGCAAUGAAGCGAUACGGGGCCUAAUCGACGUUACGCAGCACGAACCGGCCCGCCACUGCCGGCAGUAUCAGUGCCCCUGCCAGUACGUAGAGCACCACUUGAAAUGCAAACCGCGAGGCAAGUUACGCAUAUUUCAUCUCUUCUACUGGCUAACGGCUUCGGAACAGUAUGGCUAGAUUCUUUCCCCGCUAGUGGUGCAGCCCUUCCUUUUGGGUGCUACUUUCUUUCCCUAUUUUCCGCAUUGGGUACGGUUGAACGCUUCGCAGGUAAUCUAAUCCGCCUGGCUAACUGCUGGUACAUUGCAGAGGUACUAACCUAACACUAAUCGGGCAUGUAAUGACCAUAGUGGGAAUUGGGAUCCAAAUAACGCGACUGGACGUUAUCUUAAUAAAAUCCCGCGAUUGGAGCAGUGUGUGGAUCUAACAACUUAUCUGAAUCUCGUAGCCAACGUACUUAGUACAAAUAAACCCAUGCACACACUCAGAGGGACCCGCAGGCCUUAAGACAGGGGAGAAGAUCUUGCAAAUGGCAGCUACUAUCUAGUGCAGGUAAAUAGGUGUAUCGAAUCCGUCCACACGAGCUUCUAUUGCUGUGCCUAAGGGACCGGUCCAGGGACCAAGCAGUUUCGAUGAGGUUGAGAUUGUUUUAUUUUAUGUGUUUUGUUUGUUAAAGGAAGCAACAAAAGUAUUUUUGCGCCUGAGCUACAUGUGGUUCGCGAAUGUUAUUUAAAAGCAAAACCAAACGCAAAAAAGACAUUGCCUUGAAGAUCGAAUUGAGGAAUUUUAAUAAAUUAACAAAAAAUGCCUCCGCGGAAUACAAAUGCCCGUUUGCUCGGGGCGUCCAUAUUUCGGGGCUUUAUGUUGGAGUGUACAAAAAGCUAAAGCAAUGAUCCGAAAUGCACGAUCGCUCGUUGUCCUGCACUAACACCGUAGACAAACUAUUCUCACACGUGGUGUUCUUACUAAAGUCUCU